UACAAUCUGAUUUGUCUAUCCAUAGUGCCCGGUGUCCGGGUAAGAUGGCGUCGGAGGAGCAGUGUUCGGUACCGCCUCGAUGGCGGUCGAUAUCGCUUACCCACGUAGAGUAUGCAGCAGAUGACCUAACAGGACAGGUCUUGGCCUGCACCAGUCUUCUUCCUAUUGCCAUCCUGGUUGGCUUCGUCACCCUCAUUGUGUUUAAGCGGGAGCUACACACCAUUUCUUUCUUUGGGGGACUUGUGCUGAAUGAGGUGGUGAACUGGCUGCUGAAACAUAUCUUCAGAGAGCCACGGCCCUGUGAAGGGGCUCAUGGCACGCUGAACACAGAGUAUGGAAUGCCCUCUAGCCACUCCCAGUUCAUCUGGUUUUUUGUUGUAUACUUUUUUCUUUUUCUUUAUUUAAGAAUGCAUCAAACAAACAAUGCCAGGUGUGUGGAGUUAUUGUGGAGACACAUACUGUCCAUCUUCUUGCUGAGCGUGGCCUUGUCUGUGUCCUAUAGCAGGGUGUACUUGCUUUAUCAUUCCUGGAGUCAGGUGAUAUAUGGAGGCGUGGCUGGUAGCAUCAUUGGAGUUGUGUGGUUUUUUAUCACCCAGGAGAUGUUGACACCCCUGUUCCCCAAGAUAGCUGCUUGGCCAGUGUCGGAGUUCUUUUUGGUGCGUGACACGAGUUUGAUUCCCAACAUCCUGUGGUUUGAAUACACAGUAACGCGAGCAGAGGCUAGAAACAGACAGCGAAAGCUCGGAACAAAACUUCAAUGAUUUUGGCAGUUUGUUGCUUGAACUGGGAAAGGACCACGUACACUGGAGAGCCAACUCUGGUUAGAUCUGCUCACAAAAAAGGGAACCAGUUGAAGGGUGGACCAAAAGAAGUACUGGGACCGACCUACAGCCUGAACAAGUCGACUGGCUUGCUUCCGGUGCUCAUACUGCUAUACUGCUUGCGAAAAGCUCCCUGAUGCAUGCAAGACCGUGCAGGAGGCAGACUAAUGGAAACAAAAUAAUAUAUAUUUUAACCUUAAAUGCACGCAGGCAGUAAAAUGUACUGUAUGCAACUGAAUUUUGGAGCCAAGAAAAAGGAUUCUGUAAAGUGUGAAAUGGUUUGCUGGUAUUUCAGCAUGAAACUGUUAGAUUUUGUAGGUAGCUUGUCUGGGGCGUUGGGGGGUUUGGGUGUAAUUGGUUUUUCUUUAAUGUAUUUCAGAAAAAAAUCCACUUUUAAAAUAAAGUGGUUAAAAUGUAAUUUAAAACUAAAUUUGUACUUUGUGAAGAUUAAACAAAAAGACAACAAAUAACACCAGUGCCCAGUGAAAUAGAUUUACUGCAUAGCUUCAGAUAAUCACAUCAUCAAAUCAGUAUUUAACACGUGUUCAUCACUCCCUUUUCAAAAUGCAAUCCUUUGAUCCAAAAAAGAUGAAGUGCAAUUAACUUUGUGUCUCAUACAUUAAACAUUGCAGUACAGAUAAGCUGUUUAACAUUGAGGUGUCUGUUAGUUACUUGAAAAUCGUACCCCACCAUUUCUUCUGGUAUAGACUGCAGAGGAUGCUAACCUGAUGUGCAGAGCUUUGUACAAUGUGUUUUACUCAUAAGAACGAUGCAUGAUGAAAUGGAGGCAGAUGUGAGGAAGAGCUGAGUGUGAGACUGCACCUUGUUUUUCCUUUGAAUUUACCGGGAAUAGGAAAUCAGCUUAGGGUGGGUAUGGUGAUUUGGGCUAACAGUUAAAGAGAGAACUAAUAGCAGCUUAUAGCCACUGAUUAAUCUUCCUUUUCACAACCACCCAAUAUGUACAGUUCACUAUAAGCAGAAUAAGAUUAGAAGGGUCUAUGUUGAAUAUUCUUUUUAAUUCUCUUCAGCAUAUUGCAUUUUUAACCAACGAAAGCAAAUAUGGUGUAAUAUGCAAAAAAAAGUACUGUGACUGCCAUAAAAUAUGUCCUGCUCAUAAAUAAUUACACAAUUA